AUGGCGUCCAAGGCCUCGAAUGCCGGUCUGGAGGCAAAGACGCCCAGCAAAAGCCGCUCGAAGAGCCGUUCGAAGAGCAGAUCCCCUGGCCCCAAGGGCGCCUCCAGGCAGUCGAAAACCCACGAUUACCGCUCCGAUGGCGUCAAGGACUAUGAUGUCCUCAACCUGCCCGUCUCAGACUACAAGAUAAUGCUCGUUAUCACUGCAAUUGCAACGGUGGUGCGGCUGUUCAGGAUCUACCAGCCGUCCAGCGUCGUCUUUGACGAGGUCCACUUCGGAGGCUUCGCUACCAAGUAUAUCAAGGGCAAAUUCUUCAUGGACGUCCACCCGCCGCUAGCUAAACUGCUUAUCACCCUCGCUGGUCACCUCGCUGGGUUCAAGGGAGAUUUUGACUUCAAGGAAAUUGGCAAGGAUUAUCUAGAACCUGGUGUUCCCUACGUUGCCAUGCGCAUGCUCCCCGCUAUCAUGGGUAUAAUGACCGUCCCUACCAUGUUUCUUACUCUGAAAGCAACCGGCUGUCGGACUUCAACCGCCUCGUUCGGUGCUCUCCUAGUCACCUUUGAAAAUGCACUCGUCACCCAAUCGCGCUUCAUUCUUUUGGACUCUCCUCUGAUCAUCUUCACUGCCUUGACCGUCCUCUCUUUCGUCUCGUUCUCCAACCAGCACGAACAAGGCCCACCAAAGGCCUUUGGAUGCUCUUGGUGGUUCUGGCUAGUGGCAUCCGGACUCUUCCUUGGAGCAACUGCUAGUGUGAAAUGGGUUGGCCUCUUCACGAUUGCGUGGGUUGGAUCAUUGACUCUCGUCCAACUCUGGGUUCUUCUCGGUGAUUCAAAGACUGUUACUCCACACCUCUGGUUUAAACACUUCUUUGCUCGUGCCCUCUGCCUGAUUGUCAUCCCUGUUGGCCUCUACAUGGCCAUGUUCGGAAUUCACUUCCUCUGUCUCCGAAACCCCGGUGAAGGUGAUGGCUUCAUGUCAUCCGAAUUCCAAGCAACUCUCAACUCAAAGGGCAUGAGUGAUACUCCCGUCGAUGUUGUCUUUGGCUCUAGGGUAUCUAUCAGACACCACAAUACUCAGGGAGGCUACCUCCACUCGCACAGCCACAUGUACCCCGGCGGAAGCAAGCAGCAACAAAUCACCCUUUACCCCCACAAGGACGACAACAACAUCUUCAUCCUCGAGAACCAGACUCAGCCUCUCGGACCAUAUGGCCAGGUCCCUGGACCACGGGCCUGGGAUAACAUCACUACCGAACACAUCAUAGACGGCAGCACUAUCAGACUCUACCACAUGACUACUGACAGACGCCUCCACUCUCAUGAUGUUCGUCCUCCGGUUACCGAAGCCGAUUGGCAGCAGGAAGUUUCCGCCUAUGGCUACGAAGGAUUUGAGGGAGACGCCAAUGACCUCUUCCGCGUGGAAAUUGUCCCUUCCAUGUCUGAUGGAGCAGAGGCAAAGAAGAGGCUAAGGACGAUCCAGACGAAGUUCAAGCUUGUGCACGUUAUGACUGGUUGUGUUUUGUUCUCCCAUAAAGUGAAACUGCCAGAAUGGGGCUUCGACCAACAAGAGGUUACCUGUGCCAAGGGUGGUUCCCUGCCCAACAGCAUCUGGUACAUUGAACAGAACAGCCAGCCCGCUCUCCCUGAUGACGUUGAGAAAGUGAACUACAAGAUUCCUAACUUCUUUGCCAAAUUCUGGGAGCUUCACAAGGUUAUGUGGAGGACAAACGCUGGCCUCGUCAACUCUCAUGCUUGGGACUCACGUCCACCAUCCUGGCCCAUCUUGUCCCGUGGUAUCAACUUCUGGGGCAGACACCACCGCCACGUUUACCUCAUUGGCAACCCAGUCAUCUGGUGGACUUCUACCGCUGCACUUGUCAUCUGGGUCCUCUUCAAGGGUAUUGCCGUUCUUCGAUGGCAGCGCGGCUUCAAGGACUACAACUAUGUCCACUUCAAGCGCUUUGAUUACGAGAUUGGCCAGACUCUUCUCGGCUGGGCUCUUCACUACUUCCCAUUCUACCUUAUGGCCCGCCAGCUUUUCCUCCACCACUAUCUCCCAGCCUUGUACUUUGCAAUCCUGGCAUUCUGUCAGAUCUACGACUUUGUGGCUAACAGAUUUAACAAGCCAUCCAUCUUUGGCAAGCUGUUCACCGUUGCAUUCUUGUCUCUCAGCGUUGCUGCCUUCUGUAUCCUUUCACCACUUGCAUACGGCAACCCUUGGACUAAAGACAUGUGCCAGAGGACCAAGUUGAUCCCUACCUGGGACUUUGACUGCAACCUUUUCCAUAAUGACCUAUCCCAAUAUGCUAUUCCCGAAGUUGUCAACACCUCGGAAGCCGCUCAUACUUCCAUCGCAGCCCCACCCGUACAGCAGCAGCAGCAACAGCAACCGGGAGAGCAAGAGCAGGAGCAGCAACCUGAACAGCAGGAGAACCAAGUUCCUGUCCAGCCCGAAUCACCACAGCAGCCGCCGGCAGUGGACCCAGAGCUUCGUAAAGUUCGUGAAGUCGAGUACCGCGAUUCAGAGGGCAACAUCCUCAGCGAGGAACAAGUCAAAGUCCUCCAGGAACAGGGAGAAAUCUCCUUUGAAACCCGAUAUGAGACUCGCACUAGAGUAAUCGAUACCGAAGGCCGAGAACUCCCCAAGGAAGCUAUUAUCGCCCCUGAACACCCAGACGUGCAGGGCGCUAACCCAGAAACCGUUGCUAAGGACGAACCAAAGGCUCCAGCUAACAAGCCAGCUGAGGUCAAGGGAGAGAACGAGUCCCCCAAAAAGAAAGAAAAUAAGCCAAAGCCCGCCAGCGAGGCUAAGGCUGCUACAAACUAA